AUGAGUUCAGUGCUACCUUCUUCAUUUUCAUGGGGAUUUGAUCCUAAAAUUGAAGAUAACACCAAUGAUCAAUUCUCUAAAACAAACAAUCAACAACGUUCAAUUGAUAAUUUUACUAGUGAAAGAAUUAAUCAAGAAGCCCUUGCAAGUUUACAAUCUGGCGCUUCAUUGAAAAGCAAAAGAAAACACACAGAAGACGAUCAAGAUAGUAAUACUAGUACACCAAGAAAAGUCAUACAUAAGAAAUCAGAUAAAUUCCGUGUGGCUAAGAAGGAAAUUUCACAUAAGCGCUCAAGAGUUCCAAGAAUCGUCGGUCAACCAUUACCAACUGAUAGAAUUAUUGAAGUUUUAGAUAAGAAGAAUCUUCAGCAUUUACUAACCAACUUGGUUAAUCUUCACCCAGAAAUCACACAAGAUUUGUAUCAUUGUGCUCCAAAACCAACAGUAUCCGGUGCUGUUGAUAUUUUAGCCAACAAAGUUGAUAACAUUUUGAAUGAUUUACCCUACAAGGUAGAUGCUUCAUCAGAGUAUGCAUUUUUAAGAGUCAAACCAUUAAUUGAUGAUUUUUUGAGUGCUUUAUCUGAUUAUACAUUACAUUUCUUACCACCUGUUGAAACUCAACCUUCAAAUUCAUUGGAAUUCUUAGAUAGUGCCACCAAUUUGUUACAUAAACUUCCAAAUUUCGCAAAAUUAUCCAAUAAUUAUUUCAAAGAAUUAGCAUAUGAACAACUCUCACAUACCUGGUGUAUAUGUUUAAAAGAGUUCAUAAAAGGACCAAACUCUGCCAACAAUGCUGCAUUAUUAUUAUUGAUUAAUAACAACUGGGAAGCAAAAUUAAAGAAACAUAAUGAAGAUUCAAACAACAAAUUAGAAUCAGUUGUGGAAUAUUUCAGAGAAGAGGUUAGUUGGCUAAAUGAUGAAUUCCGUGAACAUCCAAAGGUUUCUAAUAAUUUCAGUCCUCAUAAUAGUCCUUUGCAUAGUUUUAAAACAAAGAAUCUGUUGAACGAGUUCAGAUAA